UCCAGUGACGUGUGCUGUGGUUGGCUGCACUCGGUUCAUUUAAUCCUUUACUCAUUUGAGGGCAUUGAGCACAGGACAGCGGGAGACGAUGAUGCUCCGGGUCCAUCCUUCCUGCGGCGAUCAGCUUUGUCAGCGUGUUUGAGUCAGGCGUGGAAUGUCAGUAGCAGAGUUUGCAGCUGCAGACUGAAAGCGUUUGGUGCGCACAGAACUGUUGCUUACAGUGAAGUGUCAAGUGAAGGUGAAGCACUUGCCUCUCUUUAGAGCAGCCCUGACAGUUGCUUGCUAGUAUGUUGUGGCGAGUUCAUCCUGGCGAUUGGAGAGAAGAGGCAAUGGAUGUCGGCUACCGUGUACUGUACUGAUGAAAAGCUUCAAGCUUGCCUGUACUGCCAGUAAUUCUGCUCGGAGCACCCCAGCCUGCUCACCCAUCCUGAGGAAACGAUCAAGAUCCCCAAUUCCUCAGAACCUAGAGGGUGAGACAAUGGUGGAGAAGGGCUCGGACCAUUCCUCAGACAAAUCACCUUCCACCCCAGAACAGGGUAUCCAACGGAGCUACUCUUCCCAGUCAGGUCGAAGCAGCAAGAACUCCAAGAAAAGCCAGAGCUGGUACAACCAUGAAAGACAGCACAUCAUGAGAGUUUUGAGUCCAACAUACAAACAACGGAAUGAGGAUUUCAGAAAACUCUUUAAGCAGCUGCCAGACACAGAACGCCUCAUUGUUGAUUACUCAUGUGCCCUUCAAAGGGACAUCCUCCUGCAGGGGCGUCUCUACCUCUCAGAAAAUUGGAUCUGUUUCUAUAGCAACAUAUUCAGAUGGGAAACACUGCUCACUGUACGUCUCAAGGAUGUCUGCUCAAUGACAAAGGAGAAAACAGCUCGCCUCAUUCCCAAUGCUGUCCAAGUUUGCACUGACACUGAAAAGCACUUUUUUACUUCAUUUGGAGCCCGAGACAGAACCUACAUGAUGAUGUUCAGACUCUGGCAAAAUGCACUGCUUGAAAAGCCUCUUUGUCCCAAAGAGCUGUGGCACUUUGUUCAUCAGUGUUAUGGGAAUGAACUUGGUCUGACCAGUGAUGAUGAAGAUUAUGUUCCUCCAGAUGAUGACUUCAAUACAAUGGGGUUCUGUGAAGAAAUCCCAGUGGAAGAAGUAGAGGUGAAUGAUAAUGCGUCUAAAAGCAGCUUAGAAGUAAAGACGGAUGCCAGUCCACAGUUGCAGAAGAAAUCAGUCACAAACAGCACAAUAACCUCCACAGCGAGUAGUGAGGCCCCUACCUCAUUUGACGGCAUUCCACCAGAUGAGGAGGUUGACUGUCAUCUAGAAGGUGAAAUUGAACCCCUUCAGGCCAUUGAGAAGAAUGAAAUCAGUUUGCCAGUAAACACUCCUUCCCUGGACUUUAACGAUAAUGAGGACAUUCCAACUGAACUUAGUGAUUCCUCUGAAACACAUGAUGAAGUGGGACUAACUACAGCUGAUUUUAAAAAACUGAAAACAGGAGAAGUGCAAGCAUUUUACGAUGACCUCAAUGGCAGACAGUACAUUAAUGAGGUUUUUCAUGUCAACGUGGACAAGCUGUAUGAUUUACUCUUCACUGAUUCCCAAUUUCUGCGUGAUUUCUUUGAGCAGCGGAGAUUCACUGACAUGGUUAGUCAUCCCUGGAAGAAAGAAGUAAAUGGCAAUCAGACCCGAGUGAUAUUAUACACUAUUGCUCUCUCAAACCCACUUGCGCCAAAAACUGCCACAGUGACUGAGACCCAGACUUUGUACAAAGCCAGCCAGGAGAGUGAGUGUUAUGUGAUCGAUGCAGAGGUGAUUACACAUGAUGUUCCAUAUCAUGACUACUUCUACACAAUCAACAGAUACAGCCUUACGCGGGUGGCAAAAAACAAAAGCAGACUGAGGAUUUCAACUGAACUGAAGUAUAGGAAACAGCCAUGGGGGUUAGUGAAAUCGUUCAUUGAGAAGAAUUUUUGGAGUGGUUUAGAUGACUACUUCAGACAUUUAGAUAUUGAACUUGCAAAAAUAGAGAAACAAUAUGCUGCUGAACUGCACAGGCAAUCUCCGAAAGAAAAGCCUAACAAAUCAUCCACAAUUCGAAGGAGAAAACGGCCUCACAUGCAUGUGCGAAGCCAACACCUUGUUGAAACAGUCAGCCCUGUUACUACACCAACUGACGAAGAGGUAGCCCAGAGGAUUAAACAUGUGGCAGGUUCCACACAAACUAAAUACAUCCCAGAAGAAAUUCCAGGAGGAAUUCAACUUUACAGUGUUUCCAAGUUAUUGCUCAUCGUAAGCUUUGUCUUGGUGUUAUUAGUAUUUCUGAAUAUGAUGCUAUUUUACAAGCUAUGGAUGUUGGAAUAUACCACACAGAGUCUCACUACCUGGCAUGGGAUCAGGCUCCAGGAGAGCAAACUUCCCCAGUCACAGGUGGAGUGGGCCCAAUUAUUAGAAUCACAGCAACGUUACCAUGAUGCUGAGCUGCAAAAAUGGAGAGAGAUUUUAAAAUCAUCAGUGGUGCUUCUAGAUCAGAUGAGAGACUCGUUAGUAACUCUACAAAAAGGCAUCGGUUUGCGUGAUUACAGUUCUGAAACAGACAAACGAGAUCGAUUUCACUGAUGGGCAUUACCAAGGCCGAAGAGGGAAUAGUGUGCAAUAUAGUUAUGUAUAAAUUUUAUAUAUAUAUACAUAGACACACAUACAUAUAUAUAUAAAAAUUAAAAAAGACACUGGAAUCACACGCUGAGUUGGACCUUCAGGACUGCUGCCCAGUCAGCGGAAUCACAAUUGGCAAAAUCAAGAUCCUUUACUGAUUAGAAACUGUGACAGAAUUAAAUUCUGACAGCACUGAAGCAUCAUGAGAAGACAACAGCCUCACUAAUCUGACUACACACUCCUUGUAAAUCCUAGAAUGUUGUACUGUAAGCUUUAACAUGUAACAAAAGCAUGUAAUAAUUUGUGGGCUGUCUCUGUUGUGGAAGACAUGUGAAUUGAAGUUCCAUGUGCUCUGUGUUAAAGUAAGAUAUUCAUCAAACACAAAUAGGAGCAGGAUGAGGAUCUUGAAACUACAGGUCAUUAUGCCUGAAAACACACCAUUUAUUAUUAACAAAUUAAUCAAAUGUAUUGAUUCUGACUCAAUGAUGGAUAAAGAAACUGUGAAUAUCUGUAUUGGUAAAACUUGAAGACAUUCUAAGUUACAAGUGACUUGCAGAUAUAUGGCACGUCAGUCUGUUCAGUUUUAGUUCUACAGUUGUACAGUAGAAAAUUGAAAAACUACAGAGAAGUAACUGGAAUCCUGAUGUGACUGACUUAAAUAUUUAUAUUAUUGUAUAUACAGACUAAACAAUCUAUCAUAGGCAGGUCACAGAAUAUAUAGAGCAAAAGUGUGUCUCUGUUCUGUCAUUCUCAUUGCAGUGUCUUGAUGCUGCAAAUUGCCCACCUUAUGCUCAUAGAAUGCAUGUGUGGACCCUGAUUGUGAGGCAUUCCAUGUUCUGUGUUAAAAUGGUAACAGUUUGCUGCUGAUGAAAGUGUCAUUAUCAGUACCAUUAAAAUGCUGAGGGAGUUUCUGGGAAGUGCAAGGCUGAGGACAUCUGUGUUGUCACGUUUAGCAGUACUGCAGAAGUACAGGAUGGUCUGUUUUUAUUUCUGCAGUUGUAUCAUAGAAAAUAGAAAAAUCUACAAAUUAGUACAGUUUUCUUUCUAAAUAUACAUAUGUUAUUCAUUUUGACUGGCUUAAUGAGACUUAAAUUUCCCAGCAGGAGUCCAUCGCUCUAAAUUAUUAAAAGAAAGAGUUAAGAAUUUAUCUUGAAUUUCCCUGUGAGAUUUGGUUGAUAGACCAAGCAGGAUCUUAUCAGUUCAGUGGGAUUUUUAAUUUGAAUGUCCUGCCACUUUGAAGAACAGAAAAAACACCCUGCUUGCUAACAUAGCACAUGGAAGAUACAAGGAUAUAAUGUUGAGUGACCAAAACUCAAUGCGAGUAUCUCAUGAGAACAGAAAUAAAUGUGAUAAGAGGAAUGUUGUGGGGGAGCAUACAUGCUGCUUUGUGGAAUAGGGACAGAGAGGUGAUAAAAUGAAGUGGCAACAGCCAAGCACUUUAAUCCACCCAGGCCCCAGUAUCAUCAUUGAAUUAAUACAUGCUGACACAUUGGUCGAUCAUUUGCAACAAUAUGCACAAGAAUAAAACAAAACCAUGUGGGACCUUGGAAAUGGAGGUUCACCUGGUGCAAACUGUUUAGAACUAAAUAAAUUAUCUCCUGUUCCCAUAAUCCAAAAAAUGUACUAUUUAAAUAGUUCACUUAUGAUAUGUUAUUGUAUAAUGUCUUGUCUGUGAGCUGACUGAAUCAGAAAGUGUGUGUGUAGGUUGAUUGAUGCUGAUUGGUUCUUCUUGCUCCAAGAUUGACCAGCAUUGUUGAGCAUUCAUUUCAAUGGCCACUCUAGUCUUGAUAUGUUUCAGUAAUGUUGGGAUAUAUUGGGGGUAUGAUAUCUGAUGUUUCAGAGCAAAAAAAAGUGUUGUCAGACUUCAGUGCUUUUCAACAUGAAACUUAUGAUAACUUGAUGUGUGUAGAUGCUCUCCCCGCCCCCCCCCCCCCCCCCCAGAAUUGUGGAUUUUGUUAGUGCUUUUUUAUUAGUCUUAUGAAACCGAUGUUUGUAAGACUUGUAAUGAAUAGUGGAGGAACAACAAUGUGCUUUAGAAUUUUGAAGGGAAUUAAACUUCAGUAACUUACUCUAUAAACUCCUCGUACCUGACAGCAUCCCUGCAUGGGCAAUGAAUAGAUUUAUAAUACAGCUGCCAAUGUGUACUAUGUCAAUGCAGUCAGAUGCAAUAAGAUAUGAUACCAAAAUUAAGGUGCUUUAGUAUGACUGAUACAACCUUUUCUUAGAAGAAAUGGAUUUCUAAA